AUGUCAUCCCCUACUGUGCGACAACGAGGGCAAAAGGACAAGAAAGCCCCAUCUUCCGCUUCAACUCCUCCAAAACAAGACAGCGAUCUCAAUGGGAUACUGAAAGACACAAAGCUGCCCGAAGUGGUGACCUCCGAAUGGGACUAUAAGCUUGCACUGGGCGUGAUAACGCUACUGGCUUUCAUUACUCGAUUCUGGGGCAUUGGGCAUCCCAAUGAGGUGGUCUUCGAUGAGGUGCAUUUUGGAAAGUUCGCCUCAUACUACUUACAAAGAACCUACUUUUUCGACGUCCAUCCUCCCUUCGGAAAGCUUCUCUUUGCCCUUAUGGGCUGGUUCGUUGGAUACGAUGGGCAUUUCCACUUUGACAAUAUUGGCGAUUCGUACAUUACCAACAAAGUACCCUACGUCGCCUUCCGCGCCAUGCCAGCACUUCUCGGAUCCUUGACAGUUCCUACAGUUUUCUUGAUCAUGUGGGAAUCAGGCUACACACUUCCAGCUGCCGUUGUGGCAGCAGGACUAGUUCUAUUCGAUAAUGCCCACAUUGGCCAGACUCGACUUAUCCUGCUCGAUGCGACUUUGGUAUUCGCAAUGUCGCUCAGUGUUCUUUGCUACAUCCGAUUCUUCAAGAUGAGGCACGAGCCCUUCUCGCAAAAAUGGUGGAAAUGGCUCCUGCUUACUGGCGUCGCUAUGAGCUGUGUCAUAUCCACCAAAUACGUUGGAGUGUUUACAUUCUUCACGGUCGGUUGUGCGGUUGCGAUUGACCUCUGGGGUCUCCUGGACAUCAACCGGAAAGGUGGAGCUUUGACUCUGCCCGACUUCGCAAAGCACUUUUCUGCACGGUUGACUGGACUCAUCCUGGUGCCUUUCCUCAUCUACUUGUUCUGGUUCCAAGUUCACUUCGCCAUUUUGAACAGAUCCGGACCUGGAGAUGAAUUUAUGACACCUGCGUUCCAAGAGACAUUGAGCGACAACAUGAUGAGCGCACAGUCUACUGGCAUCGAGUACUAUGAUUCGAUAUCUAUUAGGCACAAGGAGACCAAGACCUAUCUACACAGUCAUGCCGAUAGGUACCCCCUUCGCUACGAUGACGGACGUGUUUCCAGCCAAGGACAACAGGUUACAGGCUACCCGUUCAAUGAUACCAACAACUACUGGCAAAUCGUUCCGAACAGCGUAGUCGAUCUCUCACUUGCAAAGCCCGGUUUGGCUGUGCAAAGCGGCGAUUUUGUCAAAUUGCGGCAUCUAGUGACGGACAGUUACCUCCUAUCACACGAUGUUGCCUCGCCAUUUUACCCCACAAACCAGGAAUUUACAACAGCAGGGCUCGAGGAGACAAACGGGGAUCGGUACAACGAUACCCUGUUCGAAAUUAAGAUCGAGAAUGCCAAGGGAAGGCAACAGCUCAAAAGCUUUUCAGGGCACUUCAAAUUAAUUCACGCCCCCACAAGAGUUGCUAUGUGGACGCACACCACUCCACUUCCUGACUGGGCUUACAAACAGGCCGAGAUCAACGGAAACAAGAACAUUCAGCAAUCUAGCAAUAUCUGGUAUGUGGACGAGAUACCAUCCAUACCGGCUGACAGCCCGCGCCUUGUUAAGGAGGUCAAGAAGAUCAAGCACGUACCUUUCUUGAAGAAGUACAUCGAACUCCAACGAGCUAUUUUCUACCACAACAAUGCAUUGACAAGUAGCCAUCCUUAUGCCAGUCAGCCAAUUCAAUGGCCAUUCCUGCUCCGCGGUGUGAGCUUCUGGACACAGAAUGAUACAAGACAGCAAAUAUACUUCCUUGGCAAUCCCAUCGGCUGGUGGAUCGUAAGCAGUCUGCUUGCCGUCUUCGCAGGAAUCAUCGGCGCAGACCAAUUGUCUCAAAGGCGUGGCAUUGACAGCCUUGAUGAACGAACCCGCUCUCGUCUUUACAACAGCACCGGUUUCUUCUUCCUCUGCUGGGCCGCCCACUACAUCCCCUUCUUCAUCAUGGGCCGCCAACUCUUCCUUCACCACUACUUGCCCGCACAUCUCGCCUCCGCUUUAGUCACUGGCGCACUCCUCGAAUUCGUCUUCAACCUUGAUCCUGUUGGCCUGGACGAGAAUUUCCUACAACAAACGCAAAAUAAGACUCCUAGCAAAAACAAAGAUCGUGGAGGCAAGAGGGUCGUCGUUCCAGCCAAGGAGCGCAUAAGUGGACAGAGUAUGCUGGCGCUUUGGGCUGCCAGUGGGAUUGUGAUGGCGAUUGUGAUCGGUGGGUGGUGGUACUUCCUACCAUUGACUUACGGCAAGCCAGGCUUGAGUGCCGAGCAGGUUGUUGCGAGGAAGUGGCUCGGAUAUGACCUGCAUUUCGCGAAAUGA